UAAACACAUUAGGACGACGCGCUGUAUAGGGAUAAUUGAAGUCCUUGAAUUCGAGAUGGAGUUUGCUUCAAAAUAUGUCUUCAAUUAUGGUGACUCCGAUGAGGAAUCUGUGUCGGAUGAAGAGUUCUAUCAAGGGAUGAGUCUUUCUGAGAGUGAUAGUGAUGAAGAGGUGGAGACGAAUGUAACUGGGGCUGGAGCCAGUGCCCCUGCAGUGGCUAAAGACACAGUAGACUCAACCAGGAAACAGUUAUUAUCUGAAGUGUGUGCAGGGGCCACACUCAAAGCGAGAGAAGCCAUUCCACUACCUCCCCCAUCUUCAGAAGCCAAUUCAAGUGUUCCUGCCCCACCCCCUAGGUCACCACCUCCUGCAGAGAAAAAGGCUGGCUUUAUGGAAAGCUUAUUCUCCAGGUUUUCCCGUAGAGAGGAUAGUGCCAAGUCAGUGCCAGGGCAAAACCUAGAGAGCAGGCCUAAAGGAAACCUGAAAACUAUGAGACACUGGAAGUGUCCCUCAGCUCUCGCAGCCAAGUGUCCUGGUGAGCGACAGGUCGUGGAACAUAAUAUGAGACACAGAAAGCGUUAUCGCCGGGCAGACACUAACAUUGUUUCCAUCAAAUUUGAGAAGCUGAUCUCCCCCAGCCACAUGCACACAGGAGACGCAGAAUACUGUGGGGCAUGUAAAGCUAUUUUGUCUCGCAUCAGUGAACUCGAACAGGAUGGAGACAACAAGGUGUGGACAUGUGAGUUUUGUGGGGAACAUAACUUGGUGGACAUCAUGGAGGAGGAGAUCCCGCAGAUUGAUGAUGUGACUUUCAUGCUGGAGCCAGCUGUGGCCACCACCGCCAGCGGACCCUCGGGGACGGACGAAUCCCUCGUCAUCUUCUGUGUUGAUGUCUCCGGCAGCAUGUGUGUCACCACUCAGGUUCCUGGUAAGAUGAAUCUACGAGGGAGUAACCUUCAGAGACUACAGUCCUUAAACAGAACCCAUGAGGACCAGCACUUGCCUGGAGAGAGACGGAAUGUCACGUACAUCUCCAGGCUUCAGGCCAUGCAAGCCGCUGUUGACCACCAGCUCAAUGAGCUUGUUAAGAGUUUCCCUCACCGUAGAGUCGCUCUCAUCUCCUUCAACAAUGAGGUGGAGAUUAUUGGUGACGGGACUCAAGCAGCUGUCUGUAUAUCAGGUGACAAGCUGAAAGAUAAAGAUGCCCUGGUGAAGGUGGGCUCAGACAUACAGACACCUAAAGCAGUCAAGGACAGCGGGCCAGCCCUCAGUGAUAAAGUGUUUGGACUUGAGGAGGGUGGAGCCACAGCAUUAGGCCCCGCCCUGACUGUGGCUGUUGCCAUGGCAUCCCAGUGUCCCGGGUCUAAGGUGAUCGUGUGCACUGAUGGCAUGGCAAAUGUGGGAUUGGGGAGCUUGGAAAACUUAGACUCGGAAGAGGACAGGGAAAGAGCUGGAGACUUCUACACGGCUCUGGGACAAACUGCUUUAGCCAAAAGUGUUUCCAUCUCCGUGAUCAGUAUCACAGGUAGCGAUUGCAAACUGGCACAUUUGGGCCAGGUAGCUGAGCUAACAGGUGGACAGGUGAACAUUGUGGAUCCACUAAAGUUAACCGAGGAAUUCAGUACAAUCUUGGCUGAUCGAGUGAUAGCUACAAACGUGGUGGCCACCUUCCUUCUCCACAAGAAGCUCUACAUUCGUAAUGAGGAUCAGGAAGAAAGCAAGGCUGUGAAGGUUGUAGGCAAUGUGACAGCUGAUACAGAGGUGACUUUUGAGUACGGGAUCAGACGAGAGAAGGACAAGAAGAAAGAUGCUGCCAAGAAAACCAAAAUAACUGAAACUUCAACAGACAAUGACUCACAGGAGGGGGCCACUGUAACUGCUGCAACCACAACACCUGAGCAAAAGGAGAGUCCAGUGGAGUACCCCUUCCAACUUCAGAUUCAGUAUACUGACACCGAAGGAGCGAAGGCAUUGAGGGUGUUCACGCAGAAGAAACCUGUGACGUAUGAGAGGCUGGUGGCUGAAAGUGACAUUAACCUAGAUGUUCUCGGUACCCACACAGCCCAAACCUCUGCCCAGCUGGCUAUGGCUGGAGCCUACUCCCAGUCUCGAGGCAUAGCUUUAAUGAACCAGCGCCUGGCAUGGAGAUACAGACAAAACAAGAAUGACAAGAAGAGCAAAGUGGCCUACAAGACCAUCUUUGAGAAUGUCCGAAAGAUGGAGAAUCAAGUAAAUGUGAUCCAACAGAAGGAACGUAAAACUCUUGGGUCCACAUACAGUGAUGAGGAAGAUGAUGAAGACAAAGUAGAUCACCCUACAGCUCUGAGAAAAACUCAGAAAAAGAAAAUGCUGAAAGCCUCCCGAACAACUGCAUGCCCUGAUGAUGUGUAUUUAGGCAUGUAUGAUAUGAGACAUGCAAACAUGUCUAAACUAGCUAAGAAAUAACCUGACAUGUUUAUUCUUCUUGAAUUUCUGAUACAUGUAUAUGUAGCAGCUGUAGAAUAGUUCUUUCUUAUUUGUGACAUUUUAUGCCCUUAUUUUAUGACUUGUGCUUUUUGAGUUCUUAUAUUUUUGUAACCAUAGGCAGAAACUUUUCAUUUCUGUUAAUUGGUCAAAAAGUCAUCAUUACACACGCACUGAAGACUGUUAGCCAGCUGUAUACACCUGUUUUGUAUUAGACUUGUUUUUUAUGUUUUAAAUCUACAGAAGUAAUAUUAGCCAAAUAGUGCUUUAACACACUUCCAUUGUCAGCUACAUGUACUUACUAAAGAUGACAGCGAAGUUACAUAUUCAGUACGGAUAUGAAUUGUUUUAUGGUACAUUUACUAAAGAGUAUAAGUAUUAUUAUAAGCUAUAUUCCCUGUUAUGUGACUGACUGUGGACCAAGAUUUAUAUAUGAAGAGUCUCUUAACAAUAGUGUCAUAUGUUCACUCCAUGCAUCUCCUAUGUAUCUCCUCUUCUGUGACUCGUCUGAACCCUGCUACAAAGCAGGAACCAUAUUGCAUCUGGCCAAACAUUUAUGCCUCUCAUCACAUCCAUAUCUGACCAAACAUUCUCGGUAUUCACUUAAACCAGUUGGUUUCUUCUGCAGCGACGAAAUAAAAUGUAUAUGUAGUUAAGAUUUUAAGUCAGUUCAUGCUGAGAUUUUAUUAGGUUACAGUAACAUCUGUACAGUUCAUGGUAUUCUAGGUUCUUCACAAGAUCUAAAAGCAAACAUGCCUCUGAUACAUACAUGUACCUUUGGACCAUACAUGUUAUACUUGACCCAAUUAAUACACCUUCAUUAGUCUUGCGUUAUGUGCUAUGUGAUGAAGGAUGUGACAAAUUUGAAAAAAAGCAAAAUUUAGCACUUCCAUACUUGAUGAAACUUGAUGAUAAUAGAUUCUGUCGCUCUUCAUUUUUGAGGGCUGGUACCAUAUAAUUAUUCAUGAUUUUGAAUGUUUAUAUGAAUAUUCUUGAAAUAAUUUGUUUUUAAAAUAUAUUUUAUGAUUAAAACAUUUUAAUAUACAAAGGCAUGAAAACCUCUAGUUGCGGUGUUAUUAAGUUGGUUAUUAAUGCAUUUAACAGAGUUAUUUGACACAUGAUGAUCUGUACUGCCAUAUCAACUCUGAUGUACAGUACUGACUGUGUUGUAGUCUAAUUUGUGUAUUUGACCUGAAAUUUUUAACACGACUGCCUGAUUAUGAAAACUCUGUGUCUCUUAGAAAGAAGUUUUUGCUUUUAUCCAGAAGGUAGGGUGAUAUCCUACCAGACAAAAGUGAGUUUUAGUGCCAGAAAUGAUAGUUUAUGAUCUAUAUUUGUCUGUAAAAAUGCUGUUUUUUUCAUGUGAAGUUUUAGGACAGACACAAUAGCUCUCUUUCUACCGUACAUAUAUGUAUAAAACAUGUUUACUUAUAAUAGAGCGUUUGUUUUGAUUAUUGUUGUUGUACAGAUUCUUGUUAAAGUAUGUAUGUUUCAUACAAAAUGCUGCUCAACCUCUAAGAGAGUAAGAUCAAAUUUAUUGGAUAGACAAGCAUUGAUCUUCAA